CAAUUCCAUCCCAGCACACUUCCGUAGGCCAGAUCAAAACUGCCCGGCUCUCCAGCAGCCUCUUCAUCCUCGCAGCAGACGUGAGGACGAAGCACAGUGUGCACCUUUUCUGAACUGCUUGUUCCCCUCUCCUACGGGAACCAUUCACCAUGUUUGCUGGGUAUAUAUUUUUGGUGAUUUUAUUCCAGAUUAAAGAUGAUACAAUCCUUGGAGUAGAGGGUCAAGAAUUCAUUUAUCCAAAAAAACUCCCUCUUGUACAGAAGCGAGAUGUUGGGCUCCCCCAUGACUACAACAUACCGGAACUGUAUGAAGAAGAAUUGUUAUAUGAAAUAAAACUAAAUAGAAAAACCUUCCUCCUUCACCUUCUAAGAUCAAGAGAAUUCCUCGGCUCAAAUUACACUGAAACAUACUACACCUCAAAAGGAGAAGCGUUUGCGAGGCAUGUUCAGAUCGAGGAGCAUUGUUUUUACCAAGGUUCCAUUAUACAUGAACUUGAUUCUGAUGCCAGUAUCAGCACAUGUAAUGGUCUGAGGGGGUUCUUCAGGAUCCAUGACCAAAGAUACCUCAUUGAGCCUGUGAAAUACUCAGAUGAGGGGGAACAUUUGGUGUUCAAGUAUAAUCCAAGAGUGUUAUAUUCCACAAAUUAUUCUUGUGCAGAACUCAAUUUUACCACAAAAAUUAUUCUAAACAACACUGACUUAUCUGAGGAAGUCUAUGAAAAAGAAAGCAGCUACAAAGAAAAGUAUGUUGAACUGUUCAUUGUUGCUGACCAAACAAUGUACCGUAGGAACAGUCAUCCUCAUGAUAAACUAAGACACCGAAUUUGGGGAAUGGUCAAUUUUAUCAACUUGAUUUAUAAAACCUUGAGGAUCCACGUGACAUUGGUUGGCAUUGAAAUAUGGACAAAAGGAGACAGAGUAAAACUAGAUUCAAAUAUAAAAACUACCUUAUCACGUUUUUCAUCCUGGCAAGAAACAACCCUCAAAAAAAGAAAACAUUUUGAUCAUGCUAUUUUACUCAGUGGACAGUGGCUCUACACGAACGCCCAAGGAAAUUCUUACCCAAGGGGUAUGUGCCUGCCUUACUUCUCUGUCAGCAUAGUCAAGGAUCUCUUACCUGACAUGAAUAUAGUUGCAAACAGGAUGGCACAUCAGUUAGGGCAUAACCUUGGGAUGAACCACGAUGCAUUCCCAUGCACCUGUCCAUUGGGAAAAUGUGUGAUGGAUAUGAGUGGAAGCAUUCCUGCAUUUAAAUUUAGUAAAUGCAGCCAACGCCAGUACAAGCAAUACCUGAAGGAUUAUAAACCAAUGUGCAUGCUCAAUGUUCCAUUUCCUGACAAUCCAUAUGGUGCCCCAUAUUGUGGAAACAAGAAGGUGGAUGAGGGAGAAGAGUGUGACUGUGGCCCUGUUAAGGAGUGCAGUGAUCCUUGCUGUGAAGCCCACACAUGCUUAUUGAAGCAAGGAUACACUUGUGCAGAAGGAGAGUGCUGUGAAUCUUGUCAGUUGAAGAAAGCAGGGUCUCUGUGCCGACCAGCAAAAGAUGACUGUGAUUUACCUGAAGUGUGUAGUGGCCACUCCCCUGAGUGUCCUAAGGACCAAUUCCAAGUCAAUGGAUCUCCUUGCAAGAACCAAGAAGGGUACUGCUUCAUGGGGAAAUGUCCUACUCGGGAUGAACAGUGUUCUAAAUUGUUUGAUGAUGGGGCAAAACAGAGUGCUGAUAUAUGCUACAAGAUGAAUAAAAAAGGAAAUAAAUUUGGAUACUGCAAAAGUGAAGCAAACAAAUUAGUCCCUUGUGAAGACAAAGAUAUCAAGUGUGGGAAGAUAUACUGUACAGGGGGACAUCAUUCCAAUAUGAUCGGGGAAUACAGGAUCUACCACCUUACAGAUGCAGAGCAUAAUGACACUGCUGAAUGCAAAAGUAGGUUUUUAUACUACAGUUCUAAAGAUGUCGGACUGGUGUCUUCUGGAACAAAAUGUGGAGAUGCAAUGGUGUGCAACAAUGGUGAAUGUAUAAAUACUGAAGAAGCCUACAAUGCAACCAAGUGCCCAUCUCAUUGCAAUGACAAUUCUGUGAAUGACAGUGAACUGCAGUGUCCCUGUGAGAAAGGACAAGCUCUCCCAGAUGUGGACGAAAACUUAAACCUUACCAGUGUCUCCAUAAUGGCUGUUGUGCUUAUCUUGGUUAUAAUUGGUGUUGGUGUUGUGAUAUUAUUAGUUAAAUACAAAAAAUGUAUUAAAAUGAAGCAAAAUCAGAGCCCAUCUCGAGACACGCUGGGAGUGGAGAACAAAGGGUACUUUGGUGAAGAGCAGCAGGCAAAGAUUGAUCCCAUCUUAUCUGAUAUCCACCCCUUGCAAGAAAGAGCUGAAGAGUCAGUGGAGAACCUUCCAGUCAGCUUUUCAAGUCCCCACUACGUCACCUUGAAACUUGCGAAUAAAGAUCCACGAAGAAUCACAGAUCUCAACCAAAGGGACAAAAUGAGAAUGGAACUGGAUAUCCAAAACGGCUGUACCAGCCUUGUUUGAGGAUUCUCAUGGCAAGAGCUUCACACUUACCCCAGAUUAUUUCCCAUAUAAAAUUCUGGUGGUUUUCCAAAUGUUCUUUAUCUCAACAGAAAAUGUUUAAGAAAAACAACUUCCUUCUGUUGUAUUUACAUAUGGAUUUCACAACCUGAAAUAUAAAAUGUGCUACAGAAAAAGAAAGUAUCUUUAGAUCAAUACAGCAUCUCCUCGCUCUAGUACUUUCCUACACAACAUCAAUGUAGUUAUUUGUAAUGAGUCAACAUGUUCAGGAUAAUGACCUAUAAUCUUGAAUCUAAGAAGCAAAACAUGGCUUAUUAUAGCCUACUCUCUUUGUGGGCAUAAAAGCACUCAGUUUAAUGGGAAUAAGACAUCAUUACCACUAAAUCUGACUUACAUAAAAUUGUCUUCUGUAGAAAUAAAUGCCAAGUAAGGCGGUGCAGGAUGGUAUCAGUUCCAUUGAUUAAAUAAAAGUGAAGGAGGCAGAUAGGUCACCUCACCUGCAGCAU